AGGAUUAUAAAUAAAAGAAGUGCAGCUAGUGCUAAGAGCUAUGAAGAAAUUAAAUAGAGGGUAAUGAGAGAAAAGUGUGACUUCAAGCAGGGUGGUGUAUGUGUGUUUGGAUAGGGAGUGGUAUUUGACCUGGAUUGGGUGGCCAAAUAGAGGGGGAGGCUUCUCCGAGAAGGCAGAGUCCUAAACGUCUAUCAUUUCCCAGACAGUGGUGGAAGGGGGUGGGAAGCAGCAAGUACGAUUAGAUCAAGCUGGGUACCUCACCAGUCUGUAGGCUGACCAGUGAUCUAGUUUAAAAGGACAGGCAGUGCUGAUGAGAUUUUUCCCUUGGGAUUUUAGAACUAAAAAGAGUGAAAAGAAUAUCCCCUUCUGAAGCUCAGAGGUAGAGGGUGCUGAAGAGGCCCUGUGCCAGUCCAAGUCUAGGGUAGGCAGAAGCUAUGAGUAAGCGGAGGUGGUCAGUGAGUGGCUCCAUCUGGCGUGUGCCUGAGCCGCAGAAGGGCAGUCUGGAUCUUGGCAGCAGGAGUACGUGCGACAGCUUUGCCCAGCGAAGGCUAUCCUGCGGACAUGUGCACAACCGUGCUGCACUGGUAGUCGGGAGCAACAUCCCUGACCUCCAGGGCACAGUCCUCGAGACAAGGUCUCCGCGCCUCUCCUGGAGGCAUUAGGGAGUCCAAGAAGCAUAGGAAUCCCAGGACCAUGGCUAAUAAAACCCAGGAGGUUGGUGGCAUCCAUUUCCCUUUUCCCUUCACACCGUAUUCCAUCCAGAAAGACUUCAUGGCAGAGCUGUAUCGGGUGUUGGAGGCUGGCAAGAUUGGAAUAUUUGAGAGUCCGACUGGCACUGGAAAAUCUUUAAGUCUUAUUUGUGGGGCUCUUUCCUGGCUCCGUGACUUUGAGCAGAGAAAACAUCAGGAAGAGGCACGUCUCCUUGAAACUGGAACUGUCCCCUUGAGUGAUGGGAAGGAGCAGCCCCUGACUCUCUCAUCCUCCUGCAAAGAGACCCCAGACACCCCGAGGCCUGCAGGAGAGCCUGACUGGGUGACUCAGUUUGUGCAGAAGAAAGAAGAAAGGGACCUGGUGGACCGUCUGAAGGAGGAACAUGUCAGGAGGAAGAAGCGAGAGGAGCGCCUGCGGCAGAUUCGGCACAAUGCGCAGCUCAAGUAUGCAGCCAAGCGCGUGAGACAAGAGGAAGAAGAGAUGGAGCGUCUCCUCUGCCUCAGCAGGGAGAUGCUAGCGGCGGGAGCAGAGGCCGAGCCUCAGGAGCCACUGGUGUCUGGGGAGGAGGAGCUGGUCCUCGCCGAGUAUGAGAGUGAUGAGGAGAAGGGAGCAGCUCGUGGAGUGGACGAGGAUGAGGAUGACCCAGAGGAAGAACAUGUAACUAAGAUUUACUACUGCAGUCGGACACACUCCCAGCUGGCUCAGUUUGUGCACGAGGUACGGAGGAGCCCCUUUGGCAAGGACACCCGGCUCGUCACCCUCGGCUCUCGGCAGAAUCUUUGUAUAAAUGAUGAUGUGAAGACCCUGGGUUCUGCGCAGCUCAUCAAUGACCGCUGCAUGGAGAUGCAGAGAAGCAAACACGACCCAGUGCUGGCCCCGUGGACUGGUGUCAUUCCUUGUGCCUCUGCCCCCUCAGAGAGGAACAGAGCUGAGGAAGAGAAGCCCAAGAGGAGAAGGCAGGAGCACCGGGCCGCAUGCCCCUUCUAUGGCUACGAGCAGCUGCAGCUCCUCCGAGACCAGGUCCUGGUGGGGGUGAAGGACAUUGAGCAGUUGGUGGCACUGGGGAAGGAGGCUCGGGCCUGUCCCUAUUACGGGAGCCGGUUUGCCAUUCCAGCAGCCCAGCUUGUGGUGCUGCCCUACCAGAUGCUGCUGCACGCGGCCACCCGCCAGGCUGCGGGCAUCCGGCUACAGGGCCAGGUGGUGCUCAUCGACGAGGCGCACAACCUGAUCGACACCAUCACGGGCAUCCACAGUGCAGAGGUCAGCGGUUCUCAGCUCUGCCAGGCCCAUUCCCAGUUGCUCCAGUAUAUGGAACGAUAUGGGAAGCGUCUGAAGGCCAAGAACUUGAUGUACAUCAAACAGAUCCUGUAUCUGUUGGAGAAGUUUGUGACUGUGUUGGGUGGGAACAUUAAGCAAAAUCCCAACACACAGAGCCUUUCACAGACAGGGACAGAGCUGAAGACCAUCAAUGACUUCCUCUUUGAGAGCCAGAUCGACAACAUCAACCUGUUCAAGGUGCGGCGCUACUGUGAGAGGAGCAAGAUCAGCAGAAAGCUCUUCGGCUUCACAGAAAGGUAUGGCGCAGUCCUCACACCCUCCAGGGAGCAGCCCAGACUGGCUGGGUUCCAGCACUUCCUGCAGACCCUGCAGCCCACAGUGGCCGAGACUCCUGUGAGCCCUGUGGAGGAGGGCGAGGCCAGGCUGCCACGGCCAGCUUCCCCACUGAUGCACAUCGAAUCCUUCCUAGCAGCCCUCACCACUGCCAACCAGGAUGGCAGGGUCAUCCUGAGCCGCCAAGGAAGUCUUUGUCAGAGUAGCCUCAAAUUCUUGCUCCUGAAUCCAGCCGUACACUUUGCCCAGGUGGUGAAGGAAUGCCGGGCCUUGGUCAUCGCGGGGGGCACUAUGCAGCCGGUGUCUGACUUCCGGGAGCAGCUGCUGGCCUGUGCUGGGGUGGAAGCUGAGCGAGUGGUGGAGUUUUCCUGUGGUCAUGUGAUCCCACCAGACAAUAUCUUGCCCCUGGUCAUCUGCAGCGGCCCCUCCAGCCAGCAGCUGGAGUUCACAUACCAGAAGAGAGAGCUGCCACAGAUGAUGGAGGAGACUGGUCGCAUUCUCUGUAACCUGUGCACUGUGGUCCCUGGAGGGGUGGUCUGUUUCUUCCCCUCCUAUGAGUACCAACGCCAGGUCUAUGCCCACUGGAAUAAGAGUGGGCUGCUCGCCCGCCUGGCUGUCAGGAAAAAGAUAUUUCAGGAACCCAAGAAAGCAAACCAGGUGGAACAGGUGCUGGCGGAGUAUUCCAGGUGCAUUAAGUGUUGUGACCAGGCGGGAGGCACGGUGACAGGUGCUCUGCUCCUCUCUGUGGUUGGAGGAAAGAUGAGUGAAGGUAUUAACUUCUCUGACAACCUUGGCCGCCUCGUGUUCCUCGGCCCUAGGUGUGUGGUUAUGGUAGGCAUGCCCUACCCAAACAUCAGGUCACCAGAGCUGCAGGAGAAGAUGGCCUACCUGGACCAGACCCUAGUGAGUAUCUCCAGUGUCCCGAGGCUGGGAGGAGACGGCUUGGGAGGAGGUGCUGUUGCCCCUGGGGCUGCGAUAUUGGGGCUGCAGUGCUGUGCCUUCCCCACUGCCCCCCGAUGUGUGCCCGUGUCACCCGUCAGCUCCAGGGCGUGGACGCACCCUUUACCCUCUGGAGCCACUCUGCCAUCUCCUUCUGUGGCAGCUGCUGCUGGCCUCGUGCCCGUGAUGCCUGCUGCUCUUUCUCCCACGCUGAGCGGUGUCAUUUUCUCAGAACACUGAGUGGGGGGUGG